AAAGAGAGUUUGAGGGUAUGAUCCUGCUGCUGCUCACUGAGGGGAUCCACGGUGGCUUCCUGACGCUUUAAGGAAGUCCGACAGUUAGCCUUCUUCCCAAAGACCGACUUCUCUGUGCGGUAGACGGAUUCGUGAUGUCUGGCGAUCACACGGAAGCACCGGAGGCUAUGGACGUAUACUCCGUAACCCUCAGCGGCCCUGCGCCCUGGGGCUUCAGGCUGCAGGGUGGCAAGGACUUCAGCAUGCCCCUCACCGUGUCAAGACUGACUCCGGGGGGCAAGGCUGCUCAGGCUGGUGUUGGUGUGGGAGACUGGGUGGUGUCCAUCGCUGACUCCAAUGCAGAGGACAUGACUCAUGUUGAGGCACAAAACAAGAUUAGAGCAGAGGCAGACUCCCUCAAACUCACCCUCAGCAAAACUUACAAAGCAGGUGGAGACCAGAAGGACUCACUUGCUGCGGCUUCUUUUCAGCCAAAGUACUCCUUUGCCCCCAGCACAACCAUUAACAAGAUGGCGAGGCCAUUUACAGCAGGUGGUGUUAGUGCCAACACAGGACCUGCUAUUAAACCUGUUGCCUACUCGCCCAAACUUAACACUCCGCACUCACAGGGCCGUGACAGUGUGCAGCAGCCGCACAAUGGCCUUGAGCCAGCACCUUCACCUGCCAAGGCCCAGGCAGCAGAUAAACCAGAUGGCUCACAGACUGCAGCUGCAGCAGCAGGGAGCUCGGGUCCCUCCUGUCGACCACCAUGGGUCACCGACCCUGGAUUUGCUGACCGCUUCCGCCCAGACAAGACCAGCACUGUUGUAACCCAGCAUCAGCAGCCUGCCCAGCCAACACCCAUGGAGAACCGCAGCUCCAUUCUGCAGGCAGCGCAGCAGGCCCCCGAAGACAGCGGCAGGACCCCAGUGUGUGGCGCCUGCAACAAAAUCAUCAGGGGUCGGUUCCUGGUCGCGCUGGGGCGUUCUUGGCACCCGGAGGAGUUUACGUGUUCACAGUGCAAGGCCGUCCUGGACGAGGGGGGGUUCUUCGAGGAGAGAGGGUCGGUCUACUGUACCAAGUGCCACGAUAAUCGAUACGCUCCCAACUGUGCCAAGUGCAAAAAGAAGAUCACAGGGGAAAUCAUGCAUGCCCUGAAGAUGACCUACCACGUCCAGUGUUUCAUGUGUGCAGCCUGCAAGACUCCCAUCAGGAACCAAGCUUUUUACAUGGAGGAGGGCGAGCCCUACUGCGAGAGAGACUAUGAGAAGAUGUUUGGCACCAAAUGUCAUGGCUGUGACUUUAAGAUUGAUGCCGGGGAUCGGUUUCUGGAGGCCUUGGGCUACAGCUGGCAUGAUACGUGCUUCGUCUGUGCUCUCUGCCAAAUCAACCUGGAGGGUAAGACGUUCUACUCGAAGAAGGAUAAGCCCCUGUGCAAAGGCCAUGCCUUUGCUCCAGUGUGAGAGCUCAAGCUUCAUCUUCAGAGGAACUUCUCUCCCCUCUCCCAGCUCUUUAAACCCUCUCCAGCCUGCGGCACACUCAUACUUUGCUCUACAUCUCCUCUUUACCAACAACUUAUUAAACUCGGUCUUCUACUGGA